CAUGAAUAUUGGACAGCAAGCUUUGUUUGUUUUGCAUGGGAGAAAGUUGGUUGGGUGGUGUCAUCUGUGCCAGUAGGACAUAGGUUGCAGGUAGGUGUGCUGUUCGAAGGGUUAAUGGAAGUUUUCGUUUGUAAAACUAGUCAGGCACCACAAACAGGCACUUUAUCAUAUCCGCAUGAGAACAUUAUUUUCCGCAGUGUACUUUCAAGGUGCAGGUACUGCCCUGGAAAUCUAAACUUUUCCUUUUUCUCUUGUUCCACAAGAAACUAUUUAUGACAUGUCUACCAGACACCCAUUGUGUGCUGAAGAUAAAGUAUCAGUAUACUGCUGGUAUCAAACAGCAAGUGGAACCUGUAAAAAUAUUUUUUAACCACCUGUGGAUAAACGUUUUAGUUUACUUGUUGGGUCCAAACAACUUGGUUGGUCCAAAGUCUAGUGACACAGAUUAGAUGGCCAAUAAAAGCUUAUUUUAGACCUAUUCAGCCAUUUUUAAGUAUUAUUUAAGCCUGUGAGUAAGAAUUUUUAAACAGGCUGUACACUCAAAACUACAUUCGCAUUAAAAUUCACAUUAUGGAAAGGCAGUUCAUUCUGGUUCAGGCAAAUCUUGCAUGUAGUCCCAAACAGAGGAGUCUUUAAACAAACUGUUGUGUAAAAAUAUAUUUCUAUUUUAUUCUCAUAAAAUAGAGAUAUAUCUAUUAAAGAAUCUGUGUACCAAGAUUCCACAGGCCCAUACUAACUGUCCUUAAUUUCUCUCCUACAGCAGUACUGCUAUGCCAGUCCUGUCUGCAUUCUCUUAAGGGUGCAGCAACUCGUCCUGUGUAGGUUAUGGUCGACAGAAAGAAACGUGUUUAUCUGAUAAAGCAAGACUAUAGUAGACUUGGUCUGGUUUUGAAGCCAGAGGGCCUAUCAGGGGAUGCCAACAUGAAAACCUUGUUUCAUUUCAUAAUUUUUUUUUUAAAGCCUUAAGAAUGAAUUUUUUAUUGAAAUUUUACUUGUUUGCCCUCCCCUCUCAUUUCAACUUGAUUUUAACCAAUUCAUCUUUGUUCAUUUUCAAUGAGUCCAGAUCCACUCCUAUGCACACGUGCAUUUUAAGUAAUUAAAUUUAGAUAAUUGUUCAGUCUCUGUGGCUCCAACAUGCCUAGUAACUAAAUGGAGUACAAGGUUUCAUCCCUUUUUUGUAAAUAAUUGAGUUAGACGAGCACAACAGGUGGUAUGCUAUUGUGUGUGAGUUAAAACCCUUUUCCAAAGUGUUACUAAUGGUAAAGAGAAAUUUUCUAGGCUUCUUUUCUGCCGGUUGAAGUCUGACUGCAGAGGGACCCUUGGCACUGAAAGUGGGGCAAAACGCCGGACCCCAAGCAGCAGAUCAGGACGUACAUGGAUGUAAUGAAGGAGCAGCAUCUGUCCAAAGAAGAGAGAGAAAUCAGGCUGCAGAUGGUAGAGAAAGCAAAAACUGGGGAGCUGAAAGCAGUGAACGGCUCUGCUGCGUCUCAGGCUGCUGCAGCAGCCAAACGCAAACGUCGAUGGGACCAGACAGCUGACCAAACCCCCGGCAACACCACACCCAAAAAAGUGUCCAGUUGGGACCAGGCAGAUAGCGCUUCUGAUACACCGGGACACACACCAGGACACACACCUUCCAACAGCCGUUGGGAUGAGACACCUGGUCGUGCCAAAGGUAGUGAGACCCCAGGAGCCACACCAAGCUCCCGUAUGUGGGAACCCACACCCAGCCACACCCCAGCCGGAGCUGCCACGCCGGGUCGGGACACCCCUGGCCAUGCCACUCCUGGUCAUGGUGGGGCGACAGGCAGUGUACGCAAGAAUCGCUGGGACGAGACUCCAAAAACAGAGAGAGAGACGCCUGGUCAUGGUAGUGGCUGGGCUGAGACACCACGCACAGACAGAGGAGAUGAGUCAGUAGGUGAGACGCCCACCCCGGGUGCAAGCAAGAGGAAGUCAAGAUGGGAUGAAACACCAGCCAGUCAGAUGGGCUCUUCAACACCUAUCCUCACCCCUGGAAAGACACCUCUGGGCACACCUGCUAUGAACAUGGCCACGCCCACUCCAGGUCACCUGAUGAGCAUGACUCCAGAACAGUUGCAGGCUUGGCGUUGGGAGCGAGAGAUUGAUGAGAGGAACCGCCCACUGACCGAUGAGGAACUUGAUGCAAUGUUUCCAGAAGGAUACAAAGUACUACCCCCACCAGCAGGGUAUGUGCCCAUCCGCACCCCUGCCCGUAAAUUAGCUGCCACCCCCACCCCCAUUGGAGGCAUGACUGGUUUCCACAUGCAAGUAGAAGACAGAACUACAAAACAAAUGAACGACCAGCCCUCUGGAAACCUGCCCUUCCUUAAACCAGAUGACAUCCAGUACUUCGACAAACUGUUGGUUGAAGUUGAUGAGUCCACCCUCAGUCCAGAAGAACAGAAGGAACGCAAGAUCAUGAAGCUCCUCCUGAAGAUCAAAAAUGGAACUCCUCCCAUGAGAAAGGCUGCGCUUCGUCAAAUCACAGAUAAGGCCAGAGAGUUUGGUGCCGGGCCCCUCUUUAACCAAAUCUUGCCGCUGCUGAUGUCUCCUACGCUGGAGGACCAGGAGCGACAUCUCUUGGUGAAGGUCAUCGAUCGCAUCCUCUACAAACUUGAUGACUUGGUUCGACCUUACGUCCACAAGAUUCUUGUGGUGAUUGAGCCCCUCCUGAUUGAUGAAGAUUACUAUGCUAGAGUAGAGGGUAGGGAGAUCAUCUCCAAUUUGGCAAAGGCUGCCGGUCUGGCCACUAUGAUUUCAACCAUGAGACCUGAUAUUGACAACAUGGACGAGUACGUGAGAAACACGACAGCUCGUGCUUUUGCUGUUGUGGCAUCUGCUCUGGGCAUCCCAUCUCUCCUGCCUUUCCUCAAGGCUGUGUGUAAAAGCAAGAAAUCCUGGCAGGCUCGUCACACAGGCAUCAAGAUUGUACAGCAGAUCGCUAUCCUCAUGGGCUGCGCUAUCCUGCCCCAUCUCCGCAGCUUGGUGGAGAUUAUAGAGCAUGGUCUUGUGGAUGAGCAGCAGAAAGUACGAACCAUCAGUGCUUUGGCUAUUGCUGCCCUGGCUGAAGCUGCCACCCCAUAUGGUAUCGAGUCCUUUGAUUCUGUACUGAAACCUCUUUGGAAGGGUAUCAGGCAACACAGAGGCAAGGGUCUUGCUGCCUUCUUGAAAGCUAUUGGAUACUUGAUUCCUCUUAUGGAUGCUGAAUAUGCCAAUUACUACACCAGAGAAGUGAUGCUUAUUCUUAUCCGAGAGUUUCAGUCUCCUGAUGAGGAGAUGAAAAAGAUCGUCCUCAAGGUUGUGAAACAGUGCUGUGGCACAGAUGGUGUGGAAGCCAAUUACAUUAAAACAGAAAUCUUGCCACCAUUUUUCAAACAUUUCUGGCAGCAUCGAAUGGCAUUGGAUAGGCGUAACUACAGACAGUUGGUGGACACUACAGUGGAGCUGGCCAAUAAGGUGGGGGCAGCUGAGAUUAUAUCGCGUAUCGUGGACGACUUGAAAGAUGAAGCUGAGCAGUACAGAAAGAUGGUUAUGGAGACCAUUGAGAAAAUCAUGGGUAACCUUGGUGCCACUGACAUCGAUCACAAACUGGAGGAGCAGCUUAUUGAUGGUAUCCUGUACGCUUUCCAAGAACAGACCACAGAGGACUCUGUGAUGCUGAAUGGCUUUGGUACAGUGGUAAACGCUCUGGGUAAGAGAGUCAAACCGUACUUGCCUCAGAUCUGCGGUACAGUGCUGUGGCGUCUCAACAACAAAUCCGCCAAAGUUCGUCAGCAGGCCGCUGACCUGAUUUCCCGCACGGCAGUAGUCAUGAAAACAUGUCAAGAGGAAAAGCUGAUGGGACAUUUGGGUGUGGUGUUAUACGAGUACCUGGGAGAAGAAUAUCCAGAAGUGCUUGGUAGCAUCCUAGGAGCUCUUAAAGCUAUUGUGAACGUCAUUGGUAUGCACAAGAUGACACCACCUAUUAAAGAUUUGCUUCCCCGUUUGACACCCAUCCUGAAAAACAGACAUGAGAAGGUGCAGGAGAACUGCAUUGAUCUAGUGGGCAGAAUUGCUGACAGGGGUGCAGAGUAUGUGUCCGCCAGGGAAUGGAUGCGCAUCUGUUUUGAAUUGCUGGAGCUGUUAAAAGCCCACAAGAAGGCCAUCCGCAGAGCUGCCGUCAACACUUUCGGCUAUAUUGCCAAGGCCAUUGGUCCUCAUGAUGUGUUAGCUACACUGCUUAACAAUCUAAAGGUACAGGAACGUCAAAACAGAGUUUGCACGACGGUAGCCAUCGCUAUUGUGGCCGAGACGUGUUCACCCUUCACUGUGCUUCCUGCAUUGAUGAACGAGUACCGCGUUCCCGAGCUUAACGUCCAGAACGGUGUCCUGAAGUCUCUGUCUUUCCUGUUUGAGUACAUCGGUGAAAUGGGCAAAGAUUACAUUUAUGCCGUCACACCUCUGUUAGAGGAUGCUUUGAUGGACAGAGAUCUGGUGCACAGGCAGACGGCCAGUGCUGUUGUGCAACAUAUGUCAUUGGGUGUCUAUGGCUUUGGAUGUGAGGAUUCUCUCAACCAUUUGCUCAACUACGUCUGGCCUAAUGUCUUUGAAACAUCUCCUCAUGUUAUCCAAGCUGUAAUGGGGGCCCUUGAGGGCCUGCGAGUGGCGAUUGGUCCUUGCCGGAUGCUACAGUACUGCUUGCAGGGUUUGUUUCACCCUGCUCGGAAAGUACGUGAUGUGUACUGGAAGAUCUAUAACUCCAUCUAUAUCGGCUCCCAGGACGCACUGAUCGCACAUUACCCUCUUGUCUAUAAUGAUGAGAAGAACUCUUAUGUUCGUUAUGAGCUCGAUUACUUUCUGUGAAUAUAUCUACCCUUACAUGUGCACUCUCUUCUCCUAAAUCCGUCUCUCCCAUGGUUUAUAGGACUUGAUCCAGUUUUUUAUGUUCUCCGGUAGAUUGCAACUACUACCACAAAUUCUGUGGGUGGAAAUUAAUUUCCUGUCAAAAGACAAAGUCGAUAAAGAAUCUGUCGUAUGUGAAAGCUUUUAGGUCUUCUGAUUAGACACUUCUGUUUUUACAGCGUGCAUCAAUGCACACUGACAGUAAAGAUAGUAGCAGGUUUGCGGAGAAAUGUAACGUUCAAUAUUUUUUAACUUGAGACUUUUGUCCUGGCCUGUCUAGUUGCUCUUUGGCUCAGUCACACAUCUGUUCUUAUUAUAUUGUUUGCUUAGUUUGGCUGAAUAAACAUUUGUGUAUUAAAAGA